GCGGCGACAGUCGGUGCACGGUUGGGACUGCGUUGGAACGAUCGACCAGCUGUGCGACCAGCCACAACGACAAAGAGACGACAGGCCGUGCAACGUGCCUACAACCAGUAUUUAUCAAACAGUUGCUGAACAGAAAAGGUCGCUUUCACAGCACUGUCGACUGUAUACUUGUUUGUUCUGUAGCUACUGUGACUACAAAGUGAAGAUUCGUUACAGGUGGAACCAAAAGAGAUGAUGCUGAUGAGGACUUACAUGGACCCACAAACAACAAUGCAGUUGAUUGAGGGUCUCCAUGCUGCAAGAUGUUUGUGGGACAAGAACUCGGAUGAAUAUCAAGAUAGGUACAUGAAACAGCAAGAAUUGGAGAAACUUGCUUUUCAAUUCAAUGCCACAGUCGAAGAAAUCACCAAGAGAAUUAAGUCAUUAAAAACACAAUUUCGAAGGGAACACAAAAAAAUGCUGAGUAUCAUGAAUGAUCCCAAAAAAAGCCAUCUUAGGAGGAAUACUUGGUUUGGAUAUGAAAAUCUGAUGUUUUUGUUGGAUGGCGAAGCAGUCAAGGACUCCAAUUCAAAACAGCAUGCGCAGUCGUAAUUGAAGAAACCCGAUAACGCUUGCGUGAUUGCAAAACUGGAUGGAUCUGAUAUAGUUUAAAUUGAACCUUAACUUUGCCACGUUCAAGUUGUAGAACGCAUAAAAACGGGGUGCAAAUCAUGUGUCUCACGAUACAAACUCUACCUUUGGUUAAAAGAAGCAAUAUAUUCUAAACAUUAUUUCAUCAACUGAUUGGGCUUGUGAAGGUUUGAAAUGCUUUGCGGCUCUCGACUGGUAGGAGAUUAUAUUUGUUUUGUUAUUAGUUCAGUGACUAUAAUCGUUUGAGCUUUAGGAAAUAUUCCCUGUAUUUUUAUUGAAUCACUUCAGAACGUAAACAAACAUCUGCUCCUGACCACUCUUUGAUCUUUGCUAUAGGGAGAAUCGGAUGAAGAAAACGGAAUUGAAGAAAUUAAAGUUGAAUGCGACCAUGUAGAAUCACAAGAACAGUAUUCCAAUGAACAACCAUCUACAUUUCAAGAUAUGAUUAUAGAUCCACCGUCGACAUUCCACAACGUCCUUGGAGUUAAAAGGCCAUCACAACAGUUCGAAACGUCCUAUAUGACUCCAAGCAAGUUUAUGAAAUUUGAUAAUUCAUUUCGUAGUACCCCCAUUGCCCAGGAAGACAGCUUGGAUCACUUUGGAAAGUAUAUUGCAUCUCUGUUGAGAGGCAUGCCACAAGACAGAUCCUCGCAACUUCAAGCGGACAUAGUUGCAAUGAUUUUGAAACCUCAGUCUUCUGUGCCUCAGUCUUAGCAAUAAAAUAUUUUUAGCA